GUAUAUUAAUGUUUAUCCCAAGUCAAGAGGCAGCUGCCAUUGAAAGAUAGCGAGUGCCUGUUUCCAAGACAGCAAGCACCAGGGGAGCCACCAGAGGCAUUAACAGAAAAGCUUAAAUUACCUAAAUGACUGAUAAUGGUCUUCAGCUGCCAAAGAAGGCUGUGGACACCGAGAGAAAGGUAACCAUUUCUCGUCCCCUCGAGUGGAACUGGAUGCCUCUCGGAGCGCGCAGCCCCUGGCGGCAGGCAUGGCGGAACUUACAAGCUGCAAGGACACCGCCUCCAGCCGCCACCUGCGGUUUAAGCUACAGAGUCUAGGCCGCCGUCUCGAUGAGCUGGAGGAAGCCACAAAAAACCUCCAGAAAGCAGAGGAUGAGCUCCUGGACCUCCAGGACAAGGUGAUUCAGGCGGAAGGCAGCAACUCCAGCAUGCUGGCGGAGAUCGAAGUGCUGCGCCAGCGAGUGCUGAGAAUCGAGGGCAAAGAUGAGGAAAUCAAGAGAGCGGAGGACCUGUGUCGGCUGAUGAAGGAGAAGCUGGAAGAGGAAGAAAACCUCACCCGGGAGCUGAAGUCUGAGAUCGAGCGGCUUCAGAAACGAAUGGCCGAGCUGGAGAAGCUGGAGGAGGCCUUCGGCAGGAGCAAGAACGACUGCACCCAGCUCUGUCUGAGUCUGAAUGAGGAGAGGAACGUGACCAAGAAGAUCUCCUCCGAGCUGGAAAUGCUCAGGGUCAAAGUGAAAGAACUGGAAUGUUCCGAGGACCGCCUGGAUAAAACGGAGCAGAGUUUAGUGUCAGAGUUAGAAAAGCUGAAGUCGUUGACUCUGAGCUUUGUGAGUGAGAGAAAAUACUUGAAUGAAAAGGAGAAGGAAAACGAGAAGCUGAUCAGAGAGCUCACGCAGAAACUGGAGCAGAACAAAAAAAUGAACCGAGAUUAUACCAGGAACGCUUCUAAUCUUCUGGAAAGGAACGACCUGCGGAUUGAGGACGGGAUCUGCUCCACGCUGCCGUGCAAAGAAUCAAGGAGGAAGGGCGCUCUGGACUAUCUGAAGCAGGUAGAGAACGAAACCAGAAACAAAUCCGAAAACGAGAAGAACCGAAAUCAGGAAGACAACAAAGUGAAAGACCUUAACCAAGAGAUUGAGAAACUUAAGACACAGAUCAAACAUUUUGAAUUUUUGGAAGAAGAGCUUAAGAAAAUGAGGGCCAGAAAUAAUGAUCUUCAGGAUAAUUACCUAAGUGAACAAAAUAAGAACAAACUCUUGGCCAGCCAGCUGGAGGAGAUAAAGCUACAAAUCAAGAAACAGAAAGAGGUAGAGAACGGGGAGGUGGAAGGGGACGAGGCUUUCCUGUCUGGCAAAGGCAGGCGCGAGAGGACUAAGUUGAGAGGCCACGGGACUGAGGCACCUGUGUCCAAGCACACGGCCCGGGAACUGUCCCCUCAGCACAAGCGGGAGAGGCAUCGCAACAGGGAGUUUGCUCUCAACAGCGACAACUAUUCUCUGGGCAACAGGCAGGUCUCCUCUCCUAGUUUCGCCAACAGGAGGGCCGCCAAAGCUUCCGGCGCGGGGGCGGCUGCGGACUGUGGGGCUCAGGAAACGAGGAGGACAGAAGAGCGAUACGCGUCAGGCUCUUCUCAGAGUGAAGGCAGGAAGGCCAGGGAGCAGCCGUCGGUGCUGAGCCGCUACCCGCCCGCGGCGCAGGAGCACAGCAAGGUUUGGAAGGGCGCUCCCAAGCCAGCAGCGGAGAGUGGGUCGAAGGGAAAAGUGGAGAAGACAACACGAACGUUUAGUGACCAUCCCACCCAUGGGUCUGUUCCCAGUGACGUACCGGGUCGAGGUGACAAGGCUUCUGACACCUCCGCGGAGGCCCCCUUUGGCAAGAGGGGGCAUGUACCCGGCAACGGAAGUCCGUUAAAUCAGGCUGCAGACUGCGGCAGUCCUAAGGGGAUUGGAUCCCUGGCCUCGUCUCGGAGAUCUUCCUCAGAAGGGCUCUGCAAGGGCAAAAAGGCUGCCGGUGGCCCAGAGGCUGAUAGCAGUUUCCCACAUUCUAAGCCUCCACUCUUAUCAAAAUAUCCCUAUAGCUCCAGAAGCCAAGAGAGCAUCCUUCAGAGCUUUUCAACCCCAAAUAAAGAAGGCAUCGAUCAACCCGUAGCCGUUGCGAUGGAAGACAGCAGUCAGCACGAGGCCCUGAGGUGCCGAGUCCUCAAAUCCGGUGGCCGAGAGAAGGCGGACUCCGAUGAUGAUGGGGAUGCGGCCUCUCUGGUUACUGCCAAGUUGGUAAACACAACCAUCACUCCGGAGCCGGAGCCCAAACACCAGCCCAGCUCGAGGGAAAAAGCCAAAUCGCGAGGAGGACUUAGAACCUCCCUGUUUGAGAAUGAUAAAGAUGUCGGGACAGAAAAUGAAUCUGGGAAGGCUGUCAGAGCCUCCAGCAAUGCCGUCGAGUUCCCAGAUGCCAAUGGUGCUGGGGUCAAAAGCCAACGGCCCUUCAGCCCCAGAGAGGCCUUGCGGUCCAGAGCCAUCAUCAAACCCGUCAUCAUUGAUAAGGAUGUGAAAAAAAUUAUGGGAGGAUCUGGAACCGAGGCCGCCACGGAGAAGCAGAAAUCCACCUCCAAACCAGGCCCCAACAAGGUGACGAGCAGCAUCACUAUUUACCCCUCUGACGGCAGCAGCCCUCGAUCCAGCCCGGGCGAGGCCCCCCGGGAGAGGCACACGUCCACCAGCAACAUCCAGGUUGGGCCGGCAGAGCUCACGGCGGUCAGCAACCACGUCAGCUCCCCCUUCGAGCUCUCCAUUCACAAACAUGACAUCGCCCUGCAGUUCACGGAAGCUGAAGGGACGGCAGAUGGGCCCCCGAAGAACAGGCUGGAAACCGUGGUGUCUCGGAGCAGCAUUAUAAUCAGGCCGUCGGAUCCCUCGGAGAGAAACAGCCACGCACCCCCAGCGGAGACGAUCAGGUGGAAAAGCCAUAGCGCCCCUUCCGAAGUGGGCUCUGCGGACGCCAGACACGUCACGCUGCGCAACGCCUGGAAGAGCAGGCGGGACUUGAACUCCUCAGAGGACUCCCCAGCCCGAGUAGGGAGAAACGCGGAAGCUGCCAAUGCCUACACCCAGAGGGCCGCCACGGACUGCUCGGACCUCGGACAGCCCAGGUCGUACGUCUGGGAGCAGGGCACUCAAAGGGCAGGAAAUUCAGGGGACGCCCCCGAGCUCGCCUCCAGAAGGACCCAGAGUAGCCUCACCGUGUCCGAGGUGCUCAGUCGUCGGAAUCGGGUGGGAGAUGCCGCCGCCGGGGCAGCCUGGAACCACGCGGCAGGCGCGGAGGACGGAGACGGCUGCACACCCGGUGUCCACAGGCGACCGCACAACCCCCUGGAGCGGUGUGAGCUGCCUGCGAAGCCGGGGCCGUCAGAGUCGGGGCGAGCCCGGGCCGAGGAGCGCUUACGGCCAGCCCGGCCCUGCGCCGAGGACAACUGAGCCGGCUGGGUGAGGUCUGCUGUCCCCUGGGCUCCCGCUUCUCCACCCUCCUGCCUUCCUGCC